AUGAUGAACAAGGACGAAUAUGUACAAUUAGCACAAUUCGCUGAACAAACCGAACGAUAUGAUGAAAUGGUGACUGCGAUGAAAAGAGUCGUCAAAUUGAAUAACGAAUUGACGUGUGAAGAACGCAAUUUACUCUCAGUUGCCUACAAAAAUUUGGUCGGUGCUCAUCGUUCAUCGUGGCGAGUUAUUUCGAGCAUUGAACAGACAGCUCAAGGCUCCGAGUGGAAGCAACAAAUCGUCAAGGAAUAUCGAGAAAAGAUCGAGAAUGAAUUGAAAGACUGUUGCCGAGAAGUUUUGAAUUUGCUCGAUGAAUCUCUCAUUCUGACAGCAGGAACGACCGAAUCGAAGGUAUUUUAUUUCAAGAUGAAGAGUGACUAUUAUCGCUAUUUGGCAGAGAUAGCCACUGGUGAUGAACGACAAAAAAUGAUUGAAGAAUCACGAUGUGCCUUCAAAAAUUAUACUGAUCUUAUCACGAGUGGAAUGAAAGCUACGGAUCCAAUUCGACUUGGUUUGGCCUUAAGCUCUGCUACCUUUCUAUAUGAAAUCAUCAAUGAUCGCGCAACAGCUUGUGUCAUAGCCAAGCAGGCUUUCGAUGAUGCAUUAGCCGAGCUAGAUUCUCUCGAUGAAGAUUCUUACAAGGACGCCACUCUUCUGAUGCAAUUGCUCCGUGAUAAUCUCACUCUGUGGACCAGCGAUGCAGAUGGUGUCGAUGGUUCGAACCUAUCGCAAAAACUUCAAUAA